AGUCACACAUUACUUUUUUUUUUUUUCUCUUAUCCCCAAGGAUAAAAUUGCUGCAACCUCCACUCUUUUAAGGCCCCAAACCAACCAAAAACUAGAUACAAUCGACUUAUCGUCCAAUCCCUUCACCCAAGUAUCCACAUCCACUGCCCUUUGCCUUCUUCUGGUCCCUUUCUUGAAUUUUGUGUAUCUUUUUCCAUUUAUUUUGGUUUUGUUUUAUUUAUUUAAAAUCCUUCAUUUAUUGAGUUGCUUGGACAUUCGAAGUAGUCUUCCCACAUUGAUUAAACAUCAUGGUUGGUGCCACAUUUCUUUUUCUUGGGUAUCCAAGUAUAGGAUUUAAUUUUCCUUCUUUCUACCUUAUAUUUUGGUUUUGAGCUUUCUUCUUUCGUGGGUUGUUGUUGCCUUUUGUGUUCAUUGAAAAGCUUUGGUUUUCUUCUCAUGGCCAUUUGUUUUUUGCUUUGAUAACGUCUUUCUUUUUAUUUGCCAUUUUGUCAAGUGCCCAUUAUCUUUUUGCUCCAUAUAUUUGGGUUUUAAAGUUUUCUCCUUUCUGAGUCUCAGGCAUUGAUUAACCUUCGUUUUUCUUCAAGCAACCAUUUUUUUUAUGGUCCGUGGUCUGAAGUUUCUCUUCUCUCUUUCAAAGAUUAGUUUUUUUAUCUUCCCUUUAAAUACCCACCUGCAUUUUGUUUGGAUUUCAUGGUUUCUUCUUCAAACAUGUAGGCCAUGCUUAUGGAGGGACGAAACUAGGAGCAGGUACUUUUGUUACUAAGGAGAUUUUGAGAUUGCAAUAUGACAUUGCUGCCUAAACAGACAGUUUUGGCCAUAAAGUCUUAUCAAAAUCAGGCUCAGAUGUUGGUUAAGAACUACUUAUUGGCAGAUCCCUUCAUUCCAUACACUUCCAUCCUUGUUGGCAUUCUUGCUUGCAAAGUGGCCUAUGAUCUUACCCAGUUAAUCAGCAGCUUUUAUGUCAAGACUUAUCCUGGUCUUACUAAAAUUCAAAGAGUAGAGUGGAACAAUCGUGGUGUCUCUACAAUUCAUGCCACUUUUGUUUCUGCUUUGUCAUUGUACUUUGUUUUCUGGUCGGAUCUCUUUUCUGAUCAACAACUUGCCGAUCUUGUUGUCUUCCGAAGCUCACCACUCUCUACUUUUGUAUUAGGGGUUUCUGUUGGAUACUUCCUUUCCGAUCUGGGAAUGAUUUUGUGGCUAUUUCCCUCUUUAGGUGGAAUAGAAUAUGUUAUACAUCAUUCCUUUUCUGGAAUUGCUGUGGCAUAUUCAAUGUUUACUGGAGAAGCACAGCUUUAUACGUACAUGGUUCUUAUAUCUGAGGUAACAACUCCAGAGAUUAAUAUGAGAUGGUAUCUUGAUACAGCUGGUAUGAAGAGGUCCAAUGCAUAUCUCAUUAAUGGUGUUGUCAUCUUUUUUGUUUGGCUGAUUGCCAGAGUUCUGCUAUUUGGCUACAUGUUCUACCAUGUGUACUUGCAUUAUAAUCAGGUGAUCAAGAUGCAUACCUUUGGCUAUGUCUUGGUUUUCGGGGUGCCAUUGGUGUUAGCUACCAUGAACUUGAUGUGGUUUUCGAAGAUUAUUAAAGGUUUGGUGAAGACUGUAGCAAAGAUGCAAUUACGGAUAUAGGAAGUAAACGUGAAUCUAAUAUCUUCAGAUAUUGCUCUGCCCUGAGAUUUGUAUAUUUUUCUACUUCUGCCAUGUAAAAAUGAUUGAGAAAUGUCAAAAUCUGAGUACCAAAGAAAAUGAAAAGUAAAUCUGAUCUGGUUUUUCCAGUUGAUGGAGAUGGAAUUGCUGUAAAUGGUUCCAAUUGAAUGCACUAUUUCGGUAAUCACUUAAAUAGUCAUAUCUUGCAAUUAUUUGGCUUUCAUGAAAGAUUUCCACGAACAAGAAAUGUUUUAAUGCAAAAACAUUCCAUUAUAUUCCAUGUUCAUGAUCACUUUCUUCUAUCUAUUUGAUAAGCGUUGAUCAUUUCCACUGGAACAGACAUAAAACUAUGAUCUCAGCAGUGGGUACUAAACCAACC